AUGGUACCAGUUACAAAAGUAUUUCAUAUAAUUGCCCAAGUGACAUAUUCUUUUGUCCAAGGCUUAGCCAAACAAAACAAUAACAAAAACAAGAAACUAGGGAAGGUAAAACCUGAGGAAGCUGUGAUCGAACAAGCCAAAGCCAAUGCAGCCCUUUGGGAGGCCAGAUUGGAAGUCACAGAACUCUCUAGGAUUGAGUAUCGUGAUACUUCCCGAAGACUGGCAAAAUGUAAUGAGGAGUUAAAGAAACAGCAGUAUAAGAUGGAGAAAGACACAAUGUCUGUAUUAAGCUUCAUGAAGAAGCAGGAUCAGGAGAAAGAUAAUAUGAUUGAACUAUUGAAACAGCAAUUGGUUGAGACAAAGGAAAAAGCUCAAGAGGAGAAGGAAAAGUUGGAACAAAAGUAUAUUAUGCAAAUAAAUCAGCUAGAAGGAAGAUUCUAUCAAAAAGCCAGAGAAAUUAGUAUGAUUCAGACAGAGCUGAAAACAAUAAAACAUUUCCAGAAGAGAAAAAUCCAAGUGGAGAAAGAAUUAGAGGAUCUGAAAGAAAGUUUAAGGAACAUGGAGAAGAAACAUCAGGAAACUCUCCGAAGACUGGAAGGCAGAUUCUUUGAAGAAAAGCACCGUCUAGAAAAAGAGGCUGAAAAGAAGAUAGUAAUGCUGGCAGAGAGAGCCCACCAUGAAGCUGUGGUACAACUGAAUGCUGCUGGAAGGAAUGUUUUUAAAGAGAAUGUUUAUCUCCAGAAAGCUCUUUCAUACCACCUAAAGGAAGCUGAUGCUCUACAAAAAGACUCCCAGAAGUUGCAAGAGAGUCAUACUAUCCUUUUACAUCAAAAGGAGAUCAAUGAGUUAUUAAUUAAAGAAAAGAUUAUGCAACUUGCCCAGCAGAAAUCACAAAUCCAGACUCUUCAGAAGAGAGUGUUAAACUUGGAGAAUGCUCUAACUUUCAUGACUAGAGAGUUUGAGACAGAAAUUUUGAAACUGCGGCAACAGGCAACCAUAGAGAAUCAGGCAGGUCUGGUAGAAAUUGACAAGCUGCAGCAGGUUCUUGAUAUGAAGGACAAGGAAAUGAAUCGAGUGAAGAAGCUGGCCAAGAACAUAUUGGAUGAGAGGACAGAAGUGGAAAAUUUCUUUCUAGAUGCUCUACACCAAGUGAAGCAACAGAUUAUAUUCAGCAGGAAAAACUAUAAGGAGUUAGCACAAGCUGCUUUCAAUUUAAAGAUGAGAACAGCAUGUUCAGGAAGAACAGAAUAUCCCCAAAUCAGGACAUUUGAUGGCAGAGAAUACAGCACUAAUAGUGUGAAUCAAGAUCUCAUAGAGGCUGAAAAAUGGACAAGUACUCAAAGAAAUGUGGAUAUUGGAGAUUUGACCUGGGAGCAGAAGGAGAAAGUCUUGAGAUUGCUGUUUGCAAAAAUGAAUGGUUUAGCUUCUAGGAAAUAUAACCAGAGUUCUCAGCCUCCAGUUCCAGAUACUCAUGUUUCUGACAAUGGAGAAAUGAAAGAAUCUGGGAAUGAAAAUACACAAGAGCAAACUUUCAUCACCCAACAAGUUCCGCUAUCAAAUGCUGGUGAAAUGGUGCUACCCCGUAUUCCACAAGGACCACAGGUCUCUGACUAAGUAAGAACUCUUAAUUAAUCAAACAACACACAUAAUUGUUACCCUUCACUAGGCAUCUUAGGCAAUUUCACAGUGAUUUCCUAGCUAGCCAACAGCUCUGAGGAAUUGAGAAGAGUAAUAGUACUAACGCAACACUACAGGAACUUUAAGAAAUUGUGCAUACUCAAGGCUUAUUAUACAUAACAUAGAUGCAUAUCUGAACCACUGAUGGUAUAGAAAACUAUAGUGUGAAGGUCUGGGAAGGUGGCUCAGUGGUAGAGCGCUUGCCUUGCAUGCCUGAGGCCCUAGGUUCGAUUCCUCAGCCCCACAUGAGCAAAAAAAAAAAAAAGAGAGAAAACUAUAGUGUGAAAUAUAGCUAGCCAAAAUAUGUAUUACAUGAACCUAGGGUCUUGUGCAUGCCAGGCAGUCACUACCAGUAAGCUAAGCCUCAGUUCUUCUCUUAUUUAACAUAAACAUAAUGACCUUAUAACUAUUGUCUUUGGACAUGAGUAUAAAUACGUCAAAAUAAUGUAGAGGACAAGUUAGGAAAGUACAUAAGGAAGUAUGAUACCAUUUUUUAGAAAGCCAAAUUCUGUUUUUCUUUUUAAGGACUUUUAUUGAUAAUCAAUUAGUACAAUGUAGAAAGAGAAAAUUCAAAUAAGGUCAUAGUAGUUCAACAGAGAGAUUAAAAUCCUUAUUUUUUAGUUGCUACCACCAUGACUAUAACUAGUUUUCUCCAUCUAAGAAACAGUCAGGUGCUGGUGGCUCACCUGUAAUCCUAGCUAUUCAGGUAGCUGAGAUCUGAGGAUUGUAGUUCUAAGCCA